CCAAGAUGGCGGCGUCCUUUAUACCGCUGUCUCUGAAGAUGUCACCGUCAGCUUUACUGGGCUUUAGGUGGGUUUUAAAAGAACAAUAUUCUUCCAGAAAGCUGCUGACAUCUUUGACAGAGGUCUGCAGAAGAGGUUACUCCGUGGAAGCCCAGCAGCAGCAGGAGGUGGAGGAGAAGGGUGCAAGACCCGCAGGGUUCCUCGGGCCCCUGGAUCACUACAACGGGCUGCUCAGAGACGGGUCUCUGCGGGAGGAUGAGCACCAGAGAGCGGUGAUGCAGACCCUGGAUCAGCUCCACAAAACGCUCCGAGGAUACAGCAACACACCGGUGUCUUUCUUCUCUAAGUUUUUCACAAAACCGAAGGCUCCUCAAGGUUACUAUAUCUACGGUGAUGUUGGCACAGGAAAAACUAUGGUGAUGGACAUGUUUUAUUCUUACGUUGAGACUGAAAAGAAAAAGAGGGUUCAUUUCCACGGCUUCAUGUUGGACGUGCAUAAAAGGAUCCAUCGACUGAAACAGAGCAUGCCAAAGAGGAAGGCAGGUAAAAUGGCCAAAUCCUAUGACCCCAUUGCUCCAGUUGCAGAGGAGAUCAGUGAGGAGGCUUGUCUUCUGUGCUUUGAUGAGUUUCAGGUGACUGAUAUCGCUGAUGCCAUGAUUCUCAAGCAGCUCUUUGAGAAUCUGUUUCUGAAAGGUGUUGUUGUUGUGGCCACUUCUAAUCGUCCCCCUGUAGACUUGUAUAAAAACGGUCUGCAGAGAGUCAACUUCGUGCCAUUUAUUGCUGUGUUGCAGAGAUAUUGCCAAACUCUCCGCCUGGAUUCUGGGAUAGAUUACCGCAGAAGGAACAGACCGUCUGCUGGAAAACUCUACUUCCUCUCCAGUGAGCCUGAUGUAGAAGCAACGCUAGACAAGAUGUUUGAUGAGCUGGCUUUUAAGCAAAACGACAUAACACGACCAAGAGUUCUGAAUGUGAACAACAGGAAAGUCCGUCUGAACAAAGCAUGUGGGACCAUUGCAGACUGCACGUUUGAGGAGCUGUGCGAUAGACCUUUAGGGGCCAGCGACUACCUGGAGAUAUCCCGGCUGUUUGACACCGUAUUUAUCCGACACAUUCCUCUGCUGACGCUAAACAAGAAAACUCAAGCCAGGCGGCUCAUAACGCUGGUGGAUGCCCUCUACGACCACAAGGUGCGGGUGGUGAUUCUUGCAAAUCAUCCACUGGAUGAUAUUUUUGUGCACAAUGGAGGGCACGGUCACGACGAGAGCCACAUCCUGAUGGACGAUCUAGGGCUGAAAAGGGACGAAGCCAGCAGUCUGUCCAUCUUCAGUGGAGAAGAGGAGAUGUUUGCCUUCCAGAGGACAGUGUCUCGCCUCACAGAGAUGCAGACAGAAGAAUAUUGGUUGGAAGGAGACAGAAGCGUUAAAUCACAGAAUUCCAUCCGACACAAUCUGUCCCUCCAUAGUCGCUUUGUGAAAGUCCAGAAUGAAGGAACAGGAAAGAGCUCCUGGUGGAUGGUCAACCCAGAAGGUGGGAAAGGAGGCAAAGCUCCCCGGCGACGGGCCGUAUCUAUGGAUAACAGUAAAUACAUCAAAGGAGCCCGAGGACGGGCCACCAAGAAGAAAGCCUCGCUGCAGGCAGCUCAAGAAGGCAGCACAGAGAGUUCCUCCAGCCUCUCCAAGUGGACAGGGAGUCCCACCUCCCGCAGCAGCGACGAGCUGGACGCCUGGACGGACUUCCGCUCCCGGACCAAUUCCAACGCCAGCACACUCAGCGGCCGUCUGUCCCCGAUCCUGGCCAACCUGGAGCUGGACGAGGUGCCCGACGACGACUCCCCCCUCUCCCCGAUGCUGUACUCCAGCCCCAGCAGCAUGUCCCCGUCCACGGGGCCCACGGGGCUCUCCGACCUGGCAGGUACCAUGAACCUUAACGACGGGCUCUCUGACAACCUGAUGGACGACCUUUUAGACAAUAUCAGCCUGACAGCAGCCCAGCAGCCUCCUCCUGGAGAGGAAGAAAACGGCUCCACCGAGCACGGGAGCUCAGUGUUUACCUUCAGCUGCUCAGGAAGCAGUCUGGUUAGCCCCGCCGGCAGCUACGGGCCGAACCCUCUUUUUAGCCCGCCGUCCAUCACAAGCCUGCGGCAGUCGCCCAUGCAGACCAUCCAGGAGAACAAGCAGACCACCUUCUCCUGCCUCUCGCACUUCAGCGACCACCAGACCCUGCAGGACCUGCUCAACCUGGACUCCCACAGCCCCAGCAACGUCAUGCUCACCCAGUCCGACCCGCUGAUGUCGCAGGCCAGCACCGCCAUCGCCCUGCAGAACUCCCGCCGAAACGCCCUGCUGCUGCGCAAAGACCACGCGUUGGUGAACCACGCCGGCGCUUCUGAGGCCCAAAGCUCUUCGGUGCCCGGUUGGCAAGCUGGCUUGUCAACCUCGGACAAAGACGCCGGUCCCGCUGACGCCAAGCAGCCGAACCUGAAGUCCCCCAGCAAGAACACCUCUAUGCAGCUCGGCUCCGGUUUGUCCGGCCAGGACCGCUUUCCCGCCGAUCUGGACCUCGACGUGUACAACAGCAGUCUCGAGUGCGACAUGGACUCCAUCAUCCGCAAUGAACUGAUGGACGCAGACUGCCUGGACCUCAGCUUUGACUCUCGCCUCACCGCCGCCCAGAACGCCAACAGGAAUUCAGGAAGCUUCUCCAGCUCCAAUCAGACCUCCCCUCAAAGCUGGGUCCAAAGCUGAGGGGUUCAGUCAGAGCUGAGCAUGGGGAUAAAAAACAAAGUGGGGGACAUAUGUAAAUUUGGGUUCAUUGUCCUGCGUCGUGCAACUAGAGGAAAGAAAGUAUGUAAAAGUGUACUCAUGUAGUAUUUUUUUCCCCAUUUUUUUGAAUGUGAGGCAUUAAGUUUAGUACUGUAUUUUAAGCGUACGAGACACACAAUGGUGUCUUCACAGAGGAGGAAAAAAAUAAUCUUUAAAAAAAGAUCAAUGCCUGGGCGGUGUGAACAACAGUGUUGACGGGAAGUACAGGACAUUUUGUUAAAAACUAUAUGAAACGCAUCCACUCGUGUUAGUCUCAGGGAAUCACUCGUGCAGUAUCACAAAGUGAUACAUGAAACUGAAGAUGAAUUACGUCUUCAACCCUGCUUUCUCUCAUCUUUCACACCCUUUCAUACCUGAACCUGAAACAUUUUUGCCAAACCAGCUGUCAGCCCGUUGUGAGUGACAGCCUGUUUACAGAAAAAAAGCUGCAGAGAAUGUUACAUGAUUACGUUCCAGUGGAGGAUACUUGACUAGUUUUUAUUUCAUUUUUAACUUUUUUUUAAGAGGCUAAAUGGACUAAAAGAUAAAAAACAAGUGUUAAUGAAAAGCCCCCCCCCAUCGAUGCACAAAGUCACCAAAUAUCAAUCUGUAGAGGUUAAUAUGUUUUCAAGAUGUGAACCGAUCUACAUUGUGUGGUUUUUGUACGUAAUGUUUUAUUUUUACUUAGCAAAUUUUACCCUGUGAUUUUAGUGACAUAACUGUGAAUUCCGUUCCUUCUGAAGAGGUGCAUUACUGAAGUCUUGAUCAUAUGGUGUUUCUGCUGCAGAACCCUUUCCACCAUCUUCCCUCCCCCCUCUUCCUCCUCUUCCAUUAAAUGCAAUAUUGGAAGUACUGCUCAGUAAACAUAGUUUAGGACAGAAUUAAGGACCGUGUUUAGUAGGAAACAUGAUGUAGCUCUAGUUGACACCCUUUACACUAUCCAACACGUAGGACUAUUUGGAUUGAAAAUAACCACACUUAAGAGACUCGACAGCACUCGGCUACAAUAUUUUUGAGUUGGUAAAUUGAAGGAGUUCUUGGUGCUAUAAAUAAGAAGAUAGCAGGGAGUGGCUGCAGAUGGAGCAGCAUCAGUGGCCUCCCCUUUGUUAUCAGCACUACAGCAGGUGCUGGGGUCAAAUAGUGUUUCCAACCCUGUGACAGGAGGUUGUGUAGUAUCUUAGAGCAAUUUUGCCAUUUGAGAAAGAAACAACUACAUUAUUUAAAUAUUGCCAAAAUAUUUCUGCAUUUAUUAAGUGGAAAUAAGAAGACGUACAGUGUAUAGAUGUUAGGAACCAGUAAGGGCAAAAAAAAAAAAUCGACAUCAGCAUAAUUUUUGUAGGAACGACAGGAUGAACUUUUUUAUUUUACAUUUUUUUUUAUCAGCUGGAAACUGUCAAUUUUCACUGAAUUUGUAUUCUUGUUAAAUGAUUUAUUUAUUUUAUUUUCCACAUGUACAUAUUUUGUGCUUAUUUCCAUCUGACGUGUGGUUGAGCUGUGCAAAAGCACUUUUGUUUUAAUGCUCUCCAACAUUUUGACCACCACAAACGGCAAGUCAUGCCUGAAAUGGUGUCCUCCUUUAGAGUUGUUGAAAAAAAACAACAAUGUAACGCCCUGUUGAGUUUAACUGACAUUAAUGUCACAGAAAUAUUGAAUCCCAUUUGCCUUUUUUUGUUUGAUUUUUACACAAGUUCUGCACAAGUAUGCUUCCAAAUAUCAUUUUUCUAGCUUCACAUGGAUGAUUUCACGACCAACUUGAAGCUCCAUUUUUUUUCUACAUUAACCUUGAGUGACUCUCACUGCCAAUAAUAUUCAAACUCCAUUUAUUCCUAUUGCUCCUACAAAGAACAAAAGAGACACCACGUUGACAUUGCCAGUUGUAAUUCCAAUUCCUAUCUUGGCUGUAUCAGAGAUGGUGCAUGUAAAUAAAGCUUAAAG